UCGAAUUUGGAGAUUCUGGAGUUUCAGGGAAACCAUCAAACUAAUUCAGCUUCAGCAAUCACCGUAGUAUAUCAGCAUCAACACAGAGAAAGAGUGCACACUGAAAGUGAAACGAAAACUACUAUCUUUAAUUAAUUAAUUAAUUAAUUAAUUGUUAGAGGUAUGAAAUCCACAUGCUCCAUUUUUCUUUCUCUUUCUCUGUGAAGCCUUCUUCAAGUAAAGUGAAGUAACGGAAAGCCUUUCUCGAUCCAAAUUCUUCAUCCUCUUUCCAUGGAGGACGCAUUUGCCAGAUCUAUUCCCGAGGUCCUUGAUCACUUUGGAGUCGACCCAACUAAAGGUCUAUCAGAUACCCAGGUAGUUCAACAUGGUCGAUUGUAUGGUAUAAACGUGCUGCCUGAAGAUAAAAGAGCUCCUUUUUGGAAAUUGGUUUUGAAGCAAUUUGAUGAUUUGCUUGUGAAGAUACUUAUAGCAGCUGCAGUGAUAUCAUUUAUUCUGGCUUUAGUUAAUGGAGAAACGGGCUUAAUGGCAUUUCUGGAGCCUUCUGUUAUUCUAUUGAUAUUAGCUGCAAAUGCAGCUGUGGGGGUGAUUACGGAAACAAAUGCUGAAAAAGCUCUCGAGGAGCUGCGUGCCUAUCAAGCUGAUGUGGCAACUGUUCUGCGAAAUGGUUGUUUUUCUAUACUUCCAGCCACUGAACUUGUUCCUGGUGAUAUUGUGGAAGUUUCUGUGGGGUGCAAAAUUCCUGCUGAUAUGAGGAUGAUUGAGAUGCUAAGUAGUCAAGUCCGUGUUGAUCAAGCCAUUCUUACAGGUGAGAGCAGCUCGGUGGAGAAAGAGCUUAAAACAACCACAACAACAAAUGCUGUAUACCAAGACAAGACAAAUAUUUUGUUCUCGGGAACAGUUAUGGUUGCUGGUAGGGCAAGAGCUGUUGUGGUGGGAGUUGGUCCUAACACUGCCAUGGGCAACAUUCGUGAUUCAAUGAUGCACACAGAGGAUGAGGCGACACCAUUGAAAAAGAAGCUGGAUGAGUUUGGUACCUUUUUGGCGAAGGUUAUUGCAGGGAUUUGCGUAUUGGUGUGGAUUGUAAAUAUUGGUCAUUUUCGUGACCCUGCUCAUGGUGGUUUCUUGCGUGGUGCUAUUCAUUAUUUUAAGAUUGCAGUUGCCCUGGCGGUUGCAGCGAUCCCUGAAGGGCUCCCAGCUGUUGUUACAACGUGUUUGGCUCUUGGAACAAAGCGUAUGGCUAGGUUGAAUGCCAUCGUUCGGUCUUUGCCUUCUGUUGAAACCUUGGGUUGCACCACUGUAAUUUGCAGCGACAAAACUGGAACACUAACUACUAAUAUGAUGUCAGUUGCAAAAGUAUGCGUUGUUGAAUCUGCACAACGUAGUCCUGCUGCUACUGAAUACAGUGUCAGUGGGACAACAUAUGCACCUGAAGGCAUAAUUUUUGACAAUACAGGGAUGCAGAUUGACUUUCCAGCUCAAUUGCCGUGUCUUCUUCACAUAGCAAUGUGUUCUGCUCUUUGCAAUGAAUCAACCCUGCAGUAUAAUCCUGAUAAGGGGAAGUAUGAAAAAAUUGGUGAGUCAACUGAAGUGGCACUACGUGUCUUUGCAGAAAAGGUUGGUCUUCCUGGUUUUAAUUCUAUGCCAUCAGCCUUGAACAUGUUGAGUAACCAUGAACGUGCUUCUUAUUGUAACCAUUAUUGGGAGGAACAAUUUAGAAAGAUGGAUGUGCUGGAAUUUUCUCGAGAUCGGAAAAUGAUGAGUGUCCUUUGCAGCAGAAACCAAUUGAAUGUUUUGUUCUCUAAAGGUGCUCCAGAAAGCAUAGUUGCUAGAUGUACAACAAUUCUGUGUAAUGACGAUGGCUCAAUUGUGCCACUUACUGCUGAUAUUCGAGCAGAGCUGGCUUCAAGGUUCCAUAGUUUUGCAGGAAAAGAAACAUUGAGGUGCCUAGCUUUGGCUUUGAAAUGGAUGCCCUCAGGUCAACAGAUGUUGUCCUUUGAUGAUGAGAGAGAUCUUACAUUUAUUGGGUUGGUUGGGAUGCUGGAUCCACCAAGAGAUGAAGUUAGAAAUGCCAUGCUUUCAUGUAUGACUGCUGGCAUACGUGUUAUAGUUGUCACUGGAGAUAACAAGUCCACCGCUGAGUCCCUUUGCCGCAAGAUAGGCGCUUUUGACCAUAUGAUAGAAUUUUCCGAGCGAUCUUAUACUGCUUCUGAGUUUGAAGAACUUCCACCACUGCAACAAACUCUAGCAUUGCAACGUAUGGCACUUUUUACCAGAGUUGAGCCUUCUCAUAAAAGGAUGCUGGUUGAAGCUUUGCAAAAUCAGAAUGAAGUGGUUGCAAUGACGGGUGAUGGAGUCAACGAUGCACCUGCACUGAAAAAGGCAGAUAUAGGAAUUGCUAUGGGUUCUGGAACAGCUGUUGCCAAGAGUGCAUCAGACAUGGUGCUCGCUGAUGACAACUUUGCUUCGAUUGUUGCGGCUGUAGCAGAGGGUAGAGCUAUAUACAACAAUACAAAACAGUUUAUUAGAUACAUGAUAUCAUCCAAUAUUGGUGAAGUAGUCUGUAUAUUUGUCGCUGCUGUGCUUGGGAUACCUGAUACUCUCGCUCCUGUCCAGCUGCUUUGGGUCAAUUUGGUUACUGAUGGACUGCCUGCAACUGCUAUUGGCUUCAAUAAGCAAGACUCUGAUGUGAUGAAGGCUAAGCCUCGAAAGGUGAAUGAAGCAGUUGUGACAGGUUGGCUCUUCUUCCGUUAUCUAGUAAUUGGAGCUUAUGUUGGCCUUGCAACCGUUGCUGGUUUUAUUUGGUGGUUUGUUUAUGCUGAUAGUGGCCCCAAACUACCAUAUGUUGAACUGAUGAAUUUUGACACUUGCCCAACAAGGGAGACAACUUAUCCAUGCAGUAUAUUUGAUGAUCGACAUCCAUCUACUGUAUCAAUGACUGUGCUUGUCGUUGUUGAGAUGUUCAAUGCUUUAAACAACCUUGGUGAAAAUCAAUCUCUUUUGGUCGUUCCUCCCUGGAGUAACAUGUGGCUUGUUGCUUCUAUAAUCAUAACUAUGCUUCUUCACAUACUAAUUUUAUAUGUUCACCCGCUGUCAGUUCUUUUCUCUGUAACACCAUUAUCCUGGGAUGACUGGAUGGUUGUCUUUUAUCUAUCAAUACCUGUUAUAAUUAUUGAUGAAGUAUUAAAGUUCUUCUCCAGAAAUCCCAUUGGUUUGAGGUUCAGAUUGUGGUUUAGGAGGUCCGACCUACUUCCAAAAAGAGAAGUGCGUGAUAAGUAAGAUGAUGUGCUGUACUAUUCGAUCAAAUCCUUCACUUGUAACGAAUCAGACAUCCACACAGUGGUAUCCUUGGUUGAAUUCAAAUCAUCAAUCUCCAUAUGCAAUGGCAGUCAAGGAGUUUAGGCAAGGUACCUCGAUAGAUAUGCUGUACAAUAUUUGAUUUCUCUGUAAUAUUUAUAUUAUUAUGAAAAUUCCAAAUGUAGUUGGAUAUAGGCCGCCGUUACUCGAAUUUUUUUUUUUCGACUGUAUUUAAUCAAUUUUGCUAGCAUAAUUACCUGCCGGGCCUUGUUGAGUGCAGUGCAGCCAAAGACAGAAAAUCAGAUAACAAAACUCGUGUUUAAUCACUUGUUCCAUUGCAUCUGCUAAUUCUAAUUACAGAAACGCUUAAACACUUAA